CAGGAUCAAAAUAUGAGAGAUGAUUCACUUCACCACAUUGUGACUCUAGCUGACAGCUGUUCGUAACCGGACUUCAUCUUACGUGAGGACUGCUUCAGACCAGUUAUGGUGGAAAAGGACUGUUGUAAUUCUUGUUUGACAGCAAUCAGGGUGCUGCGAGCUUCCCUCGUGGACGAACUAGAAGGAAGGAUCGACUCUCUGCUGGAAAUCCUAGUGAGUCGGGAGGUGUUCACUCGGGAUGACCGCGAGGAGGUGUUGUGUCAGCUGGGGCCCCGGGCAAGAGUGAGACAGGUGUUGGACAUUCUGGAGUGUAAAGGCGAGGAAGCAGCUCAGACAUUUCUUUCUGUUAGCAGUCAACAAGAAACACAAACGCAUUCGGAAAGAGGCGGUGAAGAUCAGUCUCAGUUCAAAGAGUAUGACAAACUCAAACAAAAGCACAGGGAUGUCCUCCGGCGCCGAAGUGAAAGCAUGCUCUUCUACAACACGCGACACGGAGAGAAAAUCCUUUUUUCCGAACAUUAUGUCAACCUGUUGUUGGUGGACGGACACCAGGCCCUGGAGGUGAAGAGACACGAGAUUCUGACAUUUGGACAAAACCGACUGUCUUUUCAGCAGAAGUCGGUGGUGCACAGGAAAAUUGCACCAGCUGAACUCUUUUCAUGCAAAAAUGGAAGCCGUCCAGUUAAGAAAGUUCUGGUGACAGGAGUGGCCGGUAUCGGCAAAACCAUCCUGGUGCAGAAGAUGCUGUUUGAUUUCGGGGGAAACCGGGACAAUCUUGGAUUUGACUUCAUCAUCCACAUGACCUUCAGGGACUUGAAUCUGAUCGACAAGCCUACAAACCUCCGGGAGCUGGUCUUGCGUAAAAACAGGCACCUGGCGAAGGAGCUGGAUAAUAUUUUAGCCAAUGACGACAAACUGCUGAUCAUCUUGGACGGCUUCGACGAGUUCAGACACUACAGGAGCUGUGACGUAGACGUGUUCGUGUCCGAGCCAGAUGAAGAUGCAGAGGUGGUGGAGGUCUUUGGGAGUCUGAUGCAGGGUGAACUGCUGCCCAAUGCUUCUGUCAUGCUCACAAGUCGACCUGCAGCUAUCAACCACAUCCCUGUUGGCUGCAUCGACCGCUUCGUGCUCAUUGCUGGCUUCUCCUUGACUGAAGUUCAAGACUUCUUCUUACGUUACUUCCAAGACAGAGCCGUCGCUGGCCGCAUGUUCGCUGUUGUAUCAGAGAAUGAAUUAAUGCUGACACUCUGCUACAUACCUGCAUUCUGCUACAUUGUGUGCUGCAUCCUGAAGGAGAGCGAAGACCUCUGUGGAGAGAGCCCCAAGACCAUGACUGACAUUUACGUGCAGUAUCUGGUGGCCUUGCUUCGCUCUCACACUCAGGCAAGAGCCGAAACACUUCUUCAACAGCAAAAAGCACCGGCUGUCCAGCAGCUGUCCGACGUCGUCCUGAGGCUGGGCCGACUCGCCUUCCAGAAGCUGAUGGAGCAUCAGACGCUGUUCUACAGCAGCGACCCUGAUGUGGCGGCGUUAGAGGGAUGCAGCCUCGUGAGCACCUUCCUCGACAAGACGGUGGCACAAGAGCCCGGCUGUGUUGAGGAGGUUUACUCGUUUGCACACCUCACUGUUCAAGAGUUCUUUGCUGCAGUUUAUUGUGCAGUGACGGAUCACCCUUUCCCUGAUGCGCUUCAGCACAGCGACACAAGUCCAGGGGAGGGGUCCAACUACGGACAUCUGGACCUUUUCAACCGUUUCCUCUCUGGAAUCCUUUCUGAGCGCAAUGCUCAUCUUCUGUCGAGGCAGGUAGGGCUGCAUUGCCAUGAAGAAAAAGUAGACUCCUAUCGCCAGAAGAUCAUCAGACAACUGACAAUGCUCUGUGAAAAUGGGGCUCAUAUCUUAAACCACUUACACUGUCUGUUUGAGCAACAGGACUCCUCUUUGGCACUUGCUGUACAACCGAAGACACUGCGAGUUAAUGUUAGCGAUGAAGCACUCUCCCAAAUGGAUUACAACACCAUCAAAUACUUCCUAAACCUCACCAGGGGCAAAAUAUCCGAGCUGGAUCUGACAGGGACAGGAGUCAGCUACGAGGCACUUAGAGAUAUGCAGCCCCUGCUGCUCAGAUGUGAGAGUCUCUGGCUUGGAGAGAACAACCUCUCUAUGGACGCAGUUCAGGUCAUUGCUGAUGUGCUGCAAGAGUCGGAGAGUAUAACCUACCUCGGACUUGGAUGGACAGACAUUGGCGACAAUGAACUGCUGGCUCUUGCUAAUGCCAUACGGAUGAAACCAAAGCUUCAGCAGUUGUGGAUGGAGGGGAACCGAGUGACCCAGAGAGGUCUGCUGUCCCUCAUGGACUUGACCCCAGAUCCUCUGAAUAAAGUUGUCGCUAUUUGGAAUGACCUGACUGACACAGAGUCCCAGUGCACCAAAGAAAGCAUAACUGUGAACUUCACAGACGACAACACGUGGGAAGGGUGGGGGGCAUGGGUCUUCAGAAGGUGUGAGGUCAGCAGCAAUGAGAAGUUAGUGAUGGUGCUCCACAAAGUGUGCAACAUAUCUGUUCACUGCUUAGAGGCCCAGUGGGCAAAGACCUUCUACAGGAAGCUGGCACAGCUCAUCACCAGCAGGAUCGAGUGCUGCACUGAGGACGACAUGCGCAAGAAGCUCAAAAGGUUUGAGAGCGUUUUGAACCUCUGACAGAGAGAAAUCUACACCAGCCUCAGGUUAUAAGCUAUGAAAGAUGGGUCAAAUGUCUGCUGGAUGCUUUGUGUGAGACAAAGUGAACAUAAAAGAGCUUUCAUCCUUCACUGCAACAUUAUAUGGGGGAAUGACAUACUGCCUCCAUCAUACUGUUAGUAUGUCAUAGUUUUGAUACUGUUAUUUUAGGUGCUGUUAACAAUUAUUAUUGCUAUUAACUGAACAUAUUUUUCUUGAUGGAUGUUGGACGCUGUUUGUAUUAGGAUUAUUUAUGUUUUUGUGUGGGGGAAAAGGUACAUUUCAAUAGACAUUUUCUGAAAAGAAGCAAAACCAAACAAACAAAAUCAACGAUAACAUUUCUUCUUGCCUGUGUACAUCAAGACCUACAGCUUAUAAAACAUAAAUACAGCUGAUGAAAGCAUCUGUGGGGCAAGUGUCAGUCCAUGGUUUUAAUCACUGGACAAAGUGGUGGCUGUAAAUUAUAACAUGGGAGUAAAAGUGCACCAAAGGGAAAAAAGACACAACACAAAAGGUGCUUACUGGCCCGUACGGGGAUCGAACCCGCGACCUUGGCGUUAUUAGCACCACGCUCUAACCAACUGAGCUAACCGGCCAGAUGGCACCCCAAUAUGGGGCAAAUGCCUUCAAAUACGUCAGUGUACACGACUUUAUCUUGCGUUAUUAUGGGGUACAGUUCCCUCUCCGCUACUUACCGAAACACACAGAUAACAAGAGAAAAAAUAAAGGUCUCAGGAUAUACUAAACGUUGGCGAAAUGCUGAUGAAACUGCAAAUGGCUGACAGGACUACUUGAACAGGUUGCGUACAGCCCGGAUGUGGUGUUUUACUCCUCCAGAUAUAACCACAAACCGUUUCAUAUGAAUGUUUACAAUCAGUUUACAAUUAAAUAUUUUAAACUUGUAUCUACUGAGCUACUUUGUUAUGUUGUCGUGAUUUCUAUUUCACAUAUCAAUUGUAUAUUCUCUUCGUGUCGAGCAUUGUAUUCCGCUCUUAUAUAUUUGACUUUUACAAAAUACGACCUACUGUA